AUGCUACUGCAUCGUCCCGUUGGGCAAACUAUAGUCGAUAUAGUCUAUUCCGUUUAACAUUGGUCAUAUGUGCUUGAUAAAUAAGUCUGUCAUAAGUGAUGAAAAACAUUCGGUUAAUUUGAGUCACAAAAAUCUUGUGUAAAUAACAAUCGUUCCAACGAAUUUCAGAGGGAAACGGAGUUUGUGACUAUGUAGCUAUUUUUAUGAAAAGUAAAAUAGUACGUUUGUUAGCUUUUUUCUCUGAUGUUUAAUAUCGUAGUCCGAUAUCUUAUUAAGAAAAUUGUUUCGGAAAUUGAAGUGAACGAAAAAGCAACAACAGCAUUUCUGAACCUCCCUUGAUACCGAUAUUGUUCUAUAUCCGCCUAUAAAGACACAACAUAACAUAUAUGUACACACGCGUACAUAUGUAUGUGCGAUUUAUCGGUCGUCCAAAUCAGAUUGUAACGAAUUUAACGGAGAUAAAGAAAUAAUCAUAAAUAAUAUGGAAAAGUACCGUUUUGAAAGUUUUGAAGACGAAAUAUGUAGGUCACAGAAAGCUCUUGAGCGCAAGUCCGUCGCGAAGCAAACGCAACUUUUCGAUCGACAUUGUUCGUUUCGUAAAAUACGUCGGUGGUAGGUCGACGGACGCAACGUUUAGAACGGCGCACGUGUGUAAAUGUUACCGAAGAUUUCUUUCGUCAGGUAAAUGCAUCAGGAUGUCUUUUUUCGCUUGGAAAGGGAGCAAUCGUUCUGAAAAUACCGAACAUGGUGGACGCAAUUUACAAGAUGGUCUUUUUCAAAUUGCAUCUCAAGCUUGUCACAUAUUAGUACAAGUGAACAACACGCACAACGUUUCGUACGGUGGAAACAAUAAUGUAAGGAAUAUCGCAUAUUCGAAAUGUUCCGGCAAUGACGAAGAUUCGAUACGUCAUACAGCUUCUUCCACGAGUAAAGCCACUACUUCCACGGUUAAGUCUUAUACGAAGUACAUGAAAGAACAAGGCAAGGAUCAGGAUGUAGUCGUUUUAUUGCCACAUCGUAAGAGCAGAACGCCUCUCGUUAAGCACAAAUUAUCCACAGUUUCUGAGAAUGCCAGAUUGGAAUUGAACCCAUCAAAGUAUGUCGGCAGUGGUGGUAGAAAUAGUGGUUCUGGCGGUGGAUCUGGUACCAGCGCAGCUAACGGUAAUACCACCGCUCCUGACGAUGAUUUCGAAUUGUGGGAUUAUUCCGGUUUUAUGUUGAGAAAUGAUACUGACGAUCCAAUUACGAAUGGGAAAUGGGGAGGUGCACAAGGAUGGUGCAGACCAAGCUGCAUUCCAAUUACAGUCAUAUUAAUUUUGAUAGUGCUGGUUGUUUUAUUGCCGUUAUUAGAUCAUGCAGCGGAUAAAUACGCGUCGAAUGGCACGAAUUUCGAUUUCGAUAAGAGUUGCAUGAAUGGCUGUAAUUUAUCUUUCGUGGAAACUCUGCCAAUCGGCAUGAAUUACACGAAUAACACCGUUUUUCUUGACAACACUUACGACUCUUGGAUAAAAUUGAUUUCAUUGGCGCGGGAGAAGAUAGAAAUAGCAUCGUUUUAUUGGACUAUGAGGAGGGAAGAUGUUUAUCCAGACGAUAGUGCUAAACAGGGUGAAGAAGUUUUCCAUUUGCUUCUCCAAGCGGGCAGAGAUCGGAAUAUUUUACUGAAGAUAACGCAAAAUAUACCGUCGCAAAUAAGCCCGAACAUCGAUACGGAAGUGUUGACGAAAAAGGCAAACGCUAAGGUCAAAAGUUUAAAUUUUGCUGGAUUGCUCGGAGGAGGAGUACUUCAUUCGAAAUUAUGGCUCGUUGACAGAACGCAUUUGUAUAUUGGUUCUGCGAAUAUGGAUUGGCGGUCGCUCUCGCAGGUGAAGGAACUUGGUUUAAUGGCUUUAAAUUGCAGUUGUUUGGCAAACGAUUUUGCCAAGAUAUUCGACGUUUAUUGGACAAUAGGCAACGAUGGUAAAAUACCUUCUGUUUGGCCGGAGUAUCUUAACACGAGAAUUAAUUUAAAGAAUCCGAUGAACUUUACAUUUAUGAACAAUAAGUAUAAAACAUUUGUUGCGAGUUCACCUCCGCCAUUUUCGCCAAAGGGUAGGACGAAUGACGUGGAUGCUAUUCUUUAUUGUAUCGAAAAAGCUGAGAAAUUUAUUUAUAUCUCAGUGAUGGAUUAUUUUCCACUGACUAUAUAUACAGCUAAAAUCAAAUAUUGGCCGAUAAUAGACGAUGCACUGAGAACGGCAGCUAUCGAACGUAAAGUACACAUACGACUAUUGAUAUCGUCGUGGAAGCAUAUGAAGAAAUCAGAGGUUUUCUUUUUGAAAUCGCUCAUGGAACUAACAGAUAGUUAUGCGGGUGUGAAAAUUGAAGUGAGAAAAUUUAUAGUUCCUACGAAUCCUGAUUUCGACAGAAUACCGUUUUCAAGGGUAAAUCACAAUAAAUAUAUGGUGACCGAUGUAACAGCGUAUAUAGGAACAAGCAACUGGUCUGGCGAUUAUUUUAUAAAUACAGCAGGUAUAGGUACGGUAUUCGAGACUAUCGGCGAUCAGACUUCGGAAAAUCUUAGGCAGCAAUUGGAAAAUAUUUUUCAUCGUGAUUGGUAUUCUGAAUAUUCUUAUGCUUUAAACGAAAGUAUACCAUUUGUGAAACGAUCGACAAAUACCAUCGAAGACUACUACCUACGAUCAUCACGUUACAUAUUAGCGUGACAAUAUCAACGAUUUGAUCAACAUUUCCAACGAAGACAAUGAAAAUCAUUUCUUGCUGCUUAAUACGAAGUCUUGGAGACGAAUUUCUUAAAUGUUUUGUCCCUUGUCAUUGACAAAAUUAAACUCAUUCUUUUUUCCUUA